AAAAACUACACCUCGACCUUUCACCUCUAUCGUGAUACGCUGCGGUGGAACCGUUAUCACAUGACCAGGAAAGUAAAUUUCUAGGCCCUGUUUGAUACUCUUGAUGGUAUACAAAAUGGCAGAGAGAAGCAGCGAUGAGCCAUCGGAUGACUCCUCUAUUGCACCAUCAGAGCAAUCUUUUGGGGGCAGAAGUGGCUUUUCUUUUGCAAGCCACAACGGCCGACCUAGAUAUAUAUCUGCAAUUCGAGGUCAAGAAACGUUUGCACCUAGAGAACGAUUUACCUUGUACAAAGUUGAGGUGAACAAUGGCGAACGUACCUGGGUUGUAUAUCGUAGGUACUCAGAUUUCGUGCUUCUUAAUAAGAAGCUUAAGAGACUGUUCCCAGGAUUUGUUCUAACCUUGCCACCUAAAAGGGUUUUCAGGAACAAUUUUGAUAGGCAGUUCAUUACGAAACGGCAGAAAGGGUUAGAGAGCUUCCUGAAAACACUGUUCGAGCUACAGGACGUUAUGGAGUCUGAUCCAGUUAGAAGAUUCUUUCGCCUAGACAAUCCACCAGGACCACAUGAAGAUCUAACUGCAUCCAAAGACUACUGUGAAACACUGGAAUCAACUGUCUCCCGUCUUAAAAAAGAGAUUGACGAUCAGGAUAUUGAGAUGAGCCAUCUUCGCAGUGAACUUAGAAGUGUUGAAUUAUACGGUCAAAAUCAGAAUGGUUCAAAUUGUGAGGGAACUUUGACUGAAAAAAUCCUACAGCAGAAACUCAUUGCAGCAGAAGAAUUGUGUAACCAAGCAAGGCAAGAAAUAGAGAGAAUGAAAAUUGAUAUAAACGCUGAGAAGGCUUUGGAACUGUCAACAAGGCAAACAGAAAGUCAACAAAGAGAACUCCAGAUAAGAGACCUUUUGAAAGAAUUUUCAGCAAAUCAGAUGAAAGAAGACCAGUCUCUCCAAAAAAUGGCAGAAGCUUUUGGCAAUCUUGCAAAUGUUAAUAUUAAUGUUGGUGGAAAGUGUAUUGAUGUGAGAACUAUUGAUGGUGUUACUGAAAGGGAGGAAGAACUGAAAAAUGCUCUUCAUAGAUCCCGAACAAAUUUGGAAAACCUGCAAAAGCAGCAGCUCGAGAAGUUAAAAAAGGUUAUAGAAGACGUAAAUGCUGAUCUUGUCAGAGCAAAGUAUAAACUUGAAAGCAGUCAAAAUGAGGCCAACAUGCUAAGAGAUGCACUUGCAAAUGCUCACUCAAACAACAAUGAAGAAAUGAUCAAAAGGGACACAAUAAUCCAUAAUUAUGAGGACAGGGUCCAAGCAUCAAGGCGACACAUUGAUUACAUUGAACAGAAGUAUUUCUAUUCAUUGCUUCUUGGUGUCAAAUUAAAUCUAAGCCUUUGGGGGAAAAAUGUUAAUGGUGUCAAUCUAAUGAAGCCAGAUGUGCUCUUUGUGAAAGUAAAACAAAAUGGAAUUCCUUUAGAUGACUGGCCAAGAUGGAUUUCAAGUCAGUUUGCCAAGCUAGUGGGAUAAGCUGUAGUUCAACAAGACUUGUGUGUCAGUUCAUUUAAGUUUUCAAUUGUUGUAGUGGAAAAUUGUAUGUGUAAAAUACUAGUCACAAAUCAAAAACAAAAUAAAAUUCAAUAGGUUUGAAUGUCAAAUUAUUAUUGUUUUGAGUUAAAUUUUAUUGACAGAAGGUGCACACAUGCCUUUGAAUUAUGAUAGAUAAGGGAAUGUGGUGAAAUAUACAGAUUAGUUGCCUAUUUUCUUAAAGGGAAGCAAAAUUUCUUAAAGCUAAGUUUUCACUCUGUAAUCGAUCAUGUUUAAUUGUUGAGUGAUGCUAGAUUCCGACAAAGCUUCUCAAAUUGCCAGAAACUGUCUUUAGUUUUUGUAUAUCUUCAAAGGUAUUAGUACAAAUACCUUAAAAGAUGCUAGUAUGAGUACAUUCCAUAUUCAUUAAGCAAAAAUUUUAAAUAACAAAUUUGUUGAUAUUAAAAACCAUAAUUAAUGAGAUAUUACCAAUUUAAUUUGAAGUGCUCAGGGUUUUAUCAAUUUUGAUUGCAUGGCUGACUGACUCAAUCUGAAAAUAUUAUAAGGAGACCUAAUGCAUCAUGGUGAACAUAUUAAAUACUUUUUGUUUUCUGCUUAGUUUGUACAUAGAAUCAGUUAUUUUCAUGCAGUUGGAACACAAUUGAUACCAAAUCCUAGAAUAUGGAUGAUGUUGAUAUAUUCAUACAAGAUUAGCCUUUUAAAAACUUAGAGUCUGUUUAUAUGUGCAAAUUUAUUCUACCUUUCAGCUCAUAAGCUGUUAGGUGGGAUGAAAUCAUUCAUGUUUACAUGCAAAUUCUACCCCACCACCAAGCUCAUGGCUUCCUUUUUAUCCCACCUCUAAGGCCUGUUUAUUUGAGCCAAAUUAUCUAUAAUUAUAUGCCUUAUUUGAAUAUAGUAACAGUUAUUUUCAUGCAGUUGGAUCAAAUUGAUACUAUACCCUUGAAUGUGGAUGAUGUAAAUAUAUCUUAGAUUAGCUUUGUAAAAAGUAAGGCAGUUGUAAUGUACAUUUUUUGAUAACUCUCUGACUGGUGUUGUCAAAUAACAUAUGAAGUGAGAAAUAACCAUAUUAGAUUUUGGUGUAAAUAAUUUACAUGAAUUAUCCUUUGAAAGUACAUCAUUUUUAACUGUCUUGAUUUCAAACAUGCCUUUUUAGAGUGCUAUUGUAAUUGCAAGUAUAAAUUGUGAAACAUAACUCAUCUGUCAGUGUGAAAGCAGUAUCGAGAUUUCUUAAGAGAAUUUGAUAGAUAUUUUCCACUUUAAAAUCCUAUUAAGUAAAUACUUAUUAACUGAAGUGAUGUUUUUGCUUAGUAAAAUAUAUUUGAAGAUUUUAGAAGUGAACUUUAUACAUGUAUUUUCUCAUAAGCAAUCUCAGAAACAAAAUCUGGUUCAAAACAUGGUGUAGGAAAUACCAAUCAUUGGGUACUGAAAGUUUCUUGACAUUAAAAAUCCUUUGAAGAUAAACCCUUUUUUUAGUGUAGGUCCUUAGUUGUUCAUUGGAAUCUAACACCUUGUGUUUUCGAAAAGAAAUAAUUCUAGAAAACCAUUGUUAGCCCAUAAAUGUUUCAAAAUAGUAUGAUUUAUGGUAUGGACCAUCUAUUAGUUCUAGCAAAAAGGCAUCCGGAAGGAUCAAAGUUCUAAAUUUUCAAAGAACAUUCUUUUCCAGGAACUAAUCUUUUGUGUCGACAAGAGCGGAAAUAGGAAAAGGUUACGUAAUGGUUUUUGACACAAAGUUUCAGUAUCGUAAAUCCUUGCAUUAGCCACCUGCCCAGGGAUGGGGGGACUCUCAUGUGUAGCUGGAUGGGGUCAUGCCGCCUAUAUGGUUGGGUUGUAAGUCUUCAAAAUCCCUAAAUAUUAGCUUCAAAAAAUGUGUUGGUUUUCAUAGAGAUGAAUUGGCUCUACUGUUGAGAAACCUUAUCAAUGUUGUGUUUACAGAAAGUCCUUCCUGACCAAGCAAUGUUUGCUACGUACACUCUUUUUUAUAAGAACAAUUUUAUAAGAAUGCGAGCCUCAAAAUUGGUCAAAAGUUAAAAACAAAUUAAGAACAAGCUGAAGCUGAGGGGUUUUAGCCAUGUGUGGGUGUUUUUUCGGUGAAUACACUCAUUUUUCUAUAAGAAACAAAGGUCGAUGUUGAGUACUCCAGUUUCUUAAAGUUCUGGAAAUUUCAAUACUCAUUUUUCUUAAGAUUUUCUUAAGUAUGACGUCAUGAAUGAUGUUAUGAAAUGUUCGUGACCUUUUUUAUCACGUCAAGAGACUCGCUUCCGUUCUGAUACUGUAUUUAAAUAUGAGAAGUAUAUUUUUAUCCCUUGUAUCUUAAGUUCUAGGCCAACAGGGCCAUCACGUUCUUGGAUUUUGGGUUUCGUUGUUAUCAGUUUUAUUAGGAUUUAAUUGUUUCUUAUAUUUUUUGCUUCGAGUUCUGAGGUUUCUUAAUUUUUUUCUGACUGUCCAGUACUCGUUUCUUAUAGCCAGUUUUUUUAUAAAAAAAUGAGUGUAUUCACACCUGUCG